GCUUUAGAAUCUUAACAUGGCUUCUACGACUUUUUGGAGGCAAUUUAAAGCCCUCAAUAAGAAAAAUUAUAUUAUUUUCAGGAGAAACCGAAGAGCAAUUAUCUGAGAAUUCGUGAUUCCAAUCUUGUUCGCCAGUUUAUUCGUAAUACUAGGUACUCAGAUCCCUGCUUCUGAAGUCAGAGAAGGAAGUGACGUCUUCUACAGAUCCGGCUAUAUGAUUGAGCCUUUCAUUAAGAGGCUUGGACAAGGAUCCACUGUUGCUGCUCAAGAGCCUGAAUACGCCUCUAUCGAGGUUGACCCAGGCUGGGUUGGCGCUGGUAAAGACCUAGCCUUCAUUCAGAGCAAAGAGAAGUUUGCUGAUGUGGAAACCUUCUUGCAAGAUGAUAGAGGCAUUACUCUCACAAAGGAAUUUGAUAACUUCAAUGAUCCCAGAAAUGAAAUCAGGAGGGACGGAGAUGACACAAGACUAGCUGGCGCGCUGGAAGUCAACCUUUUAGCCGACAACAAAAUCCAAGUGAAUGUGAUGUCUAAAGAGUUUAAGUCAGAAGGAUUUGCAGGAUUUAGUUUAAACAAUAGUGAGACUUAUGAUAUAUAUGAAGCAAACCUUGAGUUUGAAAGAUCUUUGACUGGUAAUUAUGCUCAGUUUGCUCUCGAGGCUCAUCUAAAUAAAACUAAGCCUCAAAACAGAAAUGUCAAGAUUAGUAAUGUGUUCACGUACAGAAGCACUGAAGAUGAAGACAUCUCUGUUUUGGCACAAGUCAUGGAUUCCUUAUUUCCGAUCCUAGUCGUAGUAACAUACACAUUACCAAUGUUGUAUAUUAUCCAAAGAGCUGUUGAAGAGAAAGCCUCGAAGACGAGAGAGAGUAUGAGAAUGAUGGGCAUGAAAGAAGCUCCAUAUUGGUGCAGCUGGUUCCUUGUUUACUUCUGUUUGAUUUUCAUAAUCUCACUGAUUAUGGCUUUAGGAACUGGAUUUACUGUUUUAAAUCAUAGUAACUUCUUACUUGUGUUCUUGAUCUUUUUCUUAUAUGGAGCUUCUGUGUUUGGAAUGGGUAUUCUGGUCAUUGCAGUAUUUGAUAGUGUAAAGACAGCAACCAUUGCUGGGAUGUGUCUUAACUUAUUCAUCUAUUAUAUCAGAUAUGCUCUUCCAGACAGUACUCCUCUUAUUGUAAGAAUAAUAGUGUCUGUGUUCCCUUCUCUGAAUCUCUAUAAUGUUCAGACACCUCUAUGGCAACUCCAAUUCUUAGGAGGAGUAAGUUUUUCUAACACUAGCACUUUCUAUGGGCAAUACAGCCUAUUGGUGUUCUUCUUAAUGUCUGUUUUCAAUAUCUUCUUCUGGACAUUCUUGGCUCUUUAUAUUGCUGCUAUUAUUCCCACAGAGUUUGGAACAAGGAAACAUCCAUGCUUCUGCCUGAUGUUUAGACGAAGAAGAGUAAGAGUCAACGAGAAUGGAGAAAGAUAUUCCUUACUAUUACAGAAUAAUAGCGAUGAUGCAGCAGAUAUCGAGUAUCAUGAAAACUCUGAUGCUUUUGAGAAGGUAGGAAAUGAUCUCAAAGAGUUAGAAAGAACUCAAGAGUGACUUAAAAUUAGAGGCCUUCAAAAGACUUUUGGAAACGGAUUCCAAGCUGUGGAUAAUCUUUCACUUACCAUGUAUUCUGGUCAAAUCUUUGCCUUACUGGGACAUAAUGGAGCUGGUAAAACCACCACUAUCUCUAUGCUGACUGGACUCUUUGGUGCUUCUGGAGGUAAUGCUGAAGCUUUUGGAAUAGAUCUCCUGAAUAAUCAAGAUGAGGCAAGAAGUAUUAUGGGAGUGUGUCCACAGCACAAUGUCUUGUUCCCUACCCUCACACCAGAAGAGCACUUUGAAAUCUUUUGAGAGUUUAAAGGAGUACCAGCCUCACAAAAGAGGCAAGCAAUAGAAGACUGCUUAAGAAAUGUUGAUCUACUUGACAAAAGACAUGAUGUUUCAAAAGACCUUUCAGGUGGUCAGAAAAGAAAAGUCAAUGUUGGUAUUGCUCUCCUUGGAGGAUCAAAAAUUGUCUUGCUUGAUGAGCCAACCUCAGGGAUGGAUCCUACUGCCAGAAGAAGACUAUGGGACUUGCUCAAAGAAAACAAAGAGGAUAGAAUAAUCAUUCUCACAACACACUUUAUGGAAGAAGCUGAUAUUCUGGGUGAUAGAAUUUCAAUCAUGGCUAAAGGAUCUGCCCAAUGCUGAGGAAGCUCAUUAUUCUUAAAGAGGAAAUUCGGAGUUGGAUACAACCUCACAUUUGAUAAGUCUACUCAAGAAUCUGUUCCAAAACUUGAAGAAUAUGUGAUGGGAAAGAUCCCUGAAGCAAUAAAGCUCUCUGAAGUAUCAUCUGAAGUUACCUUCCAGUUGCCAAAUUCUUCUGUGAAUAAGUUCAAGACAUUCUUUGAAGGGAUAGACAAUAAUUUAGAAGAGCUCCAAAUCAAAUCAUAUGGUAUUGGAGUCACAACACUUGAAGAAGUCUUCCUCAAGGUUGGUGAUGGAGUCGAUGAAAAAGAAAAAUUCGAUAGUAAAGAAGCAAGGAUGUCAGAAGAAGAGAAGGAAAAUGACGCUUACUGACUUGUCGAUCAAAGUGUGCAAGGCUUCAGUCUUGACAUCUUACAACUAAUCGCAAUGAUGAAGAUUAGAAUAAAGUUUGCAUACAGAGAACCAAGAAUUCUUAUCUGUGAAGUUAUCUUACCAAUAUUAAUGGUGAUUCUUUCAGCUGUAUUGAUGGGUGUUUCUUUAAGAGAAAAGACUGGUAUCUUCCAAUAUGAUAUUGGUAAAAUCCCUGAUAAUCUAAUCACACAUGUGGGUUACCCUCAGACUACUGUUUCACAAGAGGUUGCUCAGCAGUUUAUUGAUUAUCAAUAUACUAAGGAUGGCUUUAAUGCCAAACUAUUUGAAGGAGAUGCUUUUGUAGGUGAAAAUAGGAAAGAAACUGCUAAAAACUUUGAUGAAUUUGUCAUGUCAAAUCAAAUUGAUGGAUGGAGGAUAUUUUCAGUGUUUAUUAAUAGAAUAGAAGUAGAUCCUGAAGAGAAUACAGUGUACUACGACCUCACCACAUUAGUUGAUCCAACACAGGCUGAGGCUGUUGGAUAUGCUGCUCAAGCUGCAAUGACAUCAAUCUUCAGAGCUGAACUUCAGGAUGAGACUGCUGAGUUUACCAUCGGGAGAGGUUCUUUUCCAAGAAUUGGAAACACAAGUGCUAUAUUAAGAAUGGUCUUAGCUGGAAUAACUGUCGUCAACUUCUGUAUAGCGCUUGGACUGACAACUUCAAGUAUGGCAGGGAAUAUUGCAAAAGAAAGAACAGACUCCUUAAAACAUCAACAGAUUGUUAGUGGAGGAAGUAAAUUCUCAUACUGGAUGGCGAUGUUUAUUGUUGACUUCGGAAAAUUAUUACCUGCAUUUAUAUCAUUUAUCAUAAUUGUUAUUGUGCUUGAUGUCAACAUUCCAUUCUUUUAUGUGUUUGCAAUAUUAUGCUUAAUCUCAAUCCUUCCAUGAACAUACUUUUUGACGUUCAUUUUCAGGACAGAAUCAUUUGCCAGGAACUUCGUUCGUCUCAUUCACUUCUUUGGAGGAGGAAUCUGAGCUUUUAUAUGCUUUGGUUUCAGCUUUGCUGGACAGCCCUGGACUUCUUUUUCAAUAGCAAUAAGAGUGAUUCUCUGUUGGAAUACUAGCUUCUCUUUCUCUCAUGCUAUUAUUUUUAUACUUGCUAUUGAGAAUAUUCCAAACUUCAAGGAUGAGAAUAAAUUUAGUUUGAAAUAUGCUGGUGCUGACUUCAUCUGCUUAGUAGCGCAGAUCAUUUUCUUCUGGGUUGCUAUUAUGCUCAUUGAAAAUAGAUUCUACAUCAACAGGAAUGGUAGAGCUGUCAGAGUUGGUGAUUUUGUAGGUCAUGGAGAGCACGGAGGACAAGAAAGAGUCAACCUUGAUGAUCCUGAUGUCAAAGAGGAAGAGCAACGCAUAGCAGCCUCUACUCCAGAAGAUAUGGAAAUUAGAACUUAUCUACUGAAUAAGAUAUAUAAAACAAGGAAAGGUGAAAAUCAUGCAGUCAGAAAUGUCUCUUUUGGUAUUAGCUUUGGAGAAUGCUUUGCUUUGUUAGGAAUUAAUGGUGCUGGUAAAACAUCUACAUUCAAAGCUUUAACUGGAGAUGUUGAUCCUACCUCAGGAGAAGUACAUGUAGGAGGUUAUGACGUUCAGAACAGAAUUCAGUAUAAUCACAUUCGAAAAUUGAUUGGAUACUGUCCUCAAUUUGAUGCUAUUUUCCCUAAUUUAACUGUUAAAGAACACCUUGAGUUUUACGCUAACAUUAAAGGAGUUAUUCCCAACAUGAGAAGAACUGUAGUAGAACGUCAGCUAAUUGAAAUGGGUCUUGAAGAAUACACAAAUAAGCAAGCUGGGAAACUCUCUGGAGGUAACAAAAGAAAACUCUCAGUUGCUAUGGCCAUGAUUGGGAACCCACCAAUUGUCUUCCUUGAUGAACCAUCUACAGGAAUGGAUCCUAAAGCUAAGAGAUUUAUGUGGAAUAUUAUUGCAAAAAUUUCAACAUUAAGAAAAAAAUCCUGAGUUAUUCUGACAACUCAUUCUAUGGAGGAAGCUGAAGCUCUCUCUACAAAGCUUGGAAUUAUGGUUGGAGGAUCAUUUAAAUGCUAUGGAUCAGCACAACAUAUCAAGAACAAGUUUGGAGAUGGAUAUGAAGUUGAAAUCAAAAUUACCACUCCCACUAGCGAAGAGCUCACAGCGCUUGGUACUGGAAAAGGAUUCCAAGAAGAAAUGCUUGUGGAUGGAUCAAAUUAUAUGCAGAUUCUCAGUGCUUUUGAAGCCCAGCCUCUAUCAGAAGAAAUUAAAGAAGGAGGAUUUGGAGAAAAUAUGUGGAAAGAAUUUGGCAAAGGUGGCGUCAAGCUUAGAAAUUUCAUUGAAUUUAUAUUCAUCGAGCAGACAGGGCUAUCACUUAUGAAUCAACUUGCAAAUGACUUUGAAUACGUUGAAUUACUCGAGCAUUAUGGAAACUCAUUCAGAGUCAAGUUACCAACAUUCAACCAAUCAAUUGGAGUACUUUUUGGAAGAUUUGAAGAGAUCUAUAAGCCUCAGUUUAGCAUCGACCAGUAUAGUGUGAGUCAGACAACUCUUGAGCAAAUUUUCAACAACUUUGCAAAACAACACUACACUCUUUCGAAAACUUCCAGAGUGUUCAGAAGACAAUCUUAAUAAUUCUUAAAGGUUUCAGCAUAA